GUAAUGUCACACUUUGACCACCAGAUGUCACUAAGCGCCCCUCACACCUCCCCCCUGCUGCUGCCGGAUCUCCGCCGCUGGGGGGCGCUGCCUCCCCUGGUCCUCCCCGGGGGUCUGAUGGCAGGAUGGCGGAGGCAGGGGGACCGGAGUCAGCCGCGGCCCGGUGCCUGGACGAGUCGUCGGACAGUGAGCCGGAGCAGGAGCCCGGAAGCCCGCAGAAACUCAUCCGAAAAGUGUCGACGUCCGGACAGAUCCGCAGCAAGACCGUGUUGAAAGAGGGAAAUCUGUUGAAACAGACGAACUCGUUCCAGCGCUGGAAGAGACGAUACUUCAAACUCAGAGGACGGACGCUGUACUACGCUCAGACCGCUAAGUCCAUAAUCUUUGACGAAGUUGACCUGACCGACGCCAGUGUGGCCGAGUCGAGCACCAAGAACGUCAACAACAGCUUCACAGUGAUCACGCCGUGCAGACGUCUCAUCCUGUGUGCUGACAACAGGAAGGAGAUGGAGGAGUGGAUGGCAGCUUUGAGGAGUGUCCAGAACAGACACAACUAUGAGUCCACCCAGUACAGCAUGGAUCACUUCAGUGGGAUGCAUAACUGGUAUGCCUGCUCUCACGCCAGACCGACGUACUGUAACGUCUGUAGGGAGGCGCUGUCAGGAGUGACAUCACACGGCCUGUCCUGUGAAGUGUGUAAGUUUAAGGCUCAUAAGCGCUGUGCCGUCCGAGCGACCAAUAACUGUAAGUGGACGACGCUGGCGUCUAUUGGGAAGGACAUCAUCGAAGACGAGGACGGGGUGUCCAUGCCUCAUCAGUGGUUGGAGGGGAACCUGCCUGUCUCUGCUAAAUGUAACGUCUGUGAUAAGACGUGUGGCAGCGUCCUCCGUCUGCAGGACUGGAGGUGUCUGUGGUGUAAAGCCAUGGUGCACUCAGCCUGUAAGGACCAGCUGUCCUCCAAGUGUCCUCUGGGACAGUGUAAGGUGUCCGUCAUCCCGCCAACGGCACUCAACAGCAUCGACUCUGACGGUUUCUGGAAGGCGUCCUGUCCUCCGUCCUGCACCAGUCCUCUCCUCGUCUUCGUGAACUCAAAGAGUGGAGACAAUCAAGGUGUGAAGUUCCUGAGACGCUUUAAACAGCUGCUGAACCCGGCUCAGGUGUUUGACCUGAUGAAUGGAGGACCACACCUGGGUCUUCGUUUGUUUCAGAAGUUUGACACGUUCAGGAUCUUGGUCUGUGGAGGAGACGGCAGCGUCGGCUGGGUUCUCUCUGAGAUCGACGCCCUCACACUGCACAAACAGUGUCAGCUGGGAGUUCUUCCUCUGGGGACCGGAAACGAUCUGGCCCGAGUUCUGGGCUGGGGUUCAGCCUGUGACGACGACACUCAGUUGCCCCAGAUCCUGGAGAAACUGGAGAGAGCCAGCACCAAGAUGUUAGACAGGUGGAGCAUCAUGGUCUAUGAGACCAAGUUUCCACGGCAACACUCUGCCUCCACUGUUACCGAGGACUGCAGUGACGAUUCUGAGGUUCAGCAGAUUUUGACCUAUGAGGACUCAGUGGCUGCUCACCUGUCCAAGAUCCUCACCUCAGACCAACACUCUGUUGUCAUCUCCUCCGCCAAGUAAUUGAUACUGAGGUUUACAUUAUAUAUGUCUGUCUGCAUCUGCAGGGACUGCUACACUGAGAAAUGCGUGAUGAAUAAUUACUUUGGAAUCGGACUGGACGCUAAAAUCUCUCUGGACUUCAACAACAAGAGAGAUGAACAUCCAGAGAAGUGCAGGAGCCGGACAAAGAACAUGAUGUGGUACGGUGUUCUGGGAACCAAAGAGCUGCUGCACAGAACCUACAAGAACCUGGAACAGAGGGUUCUGCUGGAGUGUGACGGGCGGCCGAUCCCUCUGCCCAGUCUGCAAGGCAUCGCCGUGUUGAACAUCCCGAGCUACGCCGGAGGAACCAACUUCUGGGGAGGAACCAAAGAGGAUGACACGUUCACGGCUCCGUCUUUCGAUGAUAAGAUCUUGGAGGUGGUGGCGGUGUUCGGCAGCAUGCAGAUGGCCGUUUCACGAGUCAUCAACCUGCAGCACCACCGCAUCGCUCAGUGCCGGACAGUAAAGAUCACCAUCCUUGGUGAUGAAGGUGUGCCAGUUCAGGUGGACGGGGAGGCGUGGGUCCAGCCUCCUGGUUACAUCAAGAUUAUCCACAAGAACCGAACCCAGACCCUCACCAGGGACAGAGCCUUUGAGAGCACUCUGAAGUCAUGGGAGGACAAACAGAAGUGCGAGUUUCCUCGGUCUCCUCCUCCUCAGGCCGCUCUGACGUCUCAGCCAGAGAUCGUCUCUGAGGACGAGGCCACGCUCGUCAGGGAGUUUGGUCAGGCAGCCGGAGCUCUGAUACACAGUAUCCGGGAGGUCGCUCAGUCUCACCACAGUCUGGAGCAGGAACUGGCUCACGCCGUUAACGCCAGCUCAAAGGCCAUGGACGUUGUCUACGCCAACUCCAAGAGCUCCGGGGCUCUGAGCUGCAGUGUCGUGUUUCAGAUGGUCAGCAACGUCAAAGUUUUAUUUAGUGAGACUGAACUGCUGCUGGCUGGAAAGAUGUCCAUGCAGUUGGACCCGCCGCAGCAAGAACAGUUGAAUGUGGCUCUGAGUUCUGUGGCUCAGCAGCUCCGUCGGCUCGCUGAUGUAUCCUGGUUAUGUCCCAUCAUCGACCCGUCAGACCACGAGGGUCCUCUGACAGAUUUCUCAAAGAGAAGUCGGAGUGCGAAGUUCCGUCUGGUCCCGAAGUUCAAGAAAGACAAAAACAACAAGAACAAGGAGACGUGUGCGACUUUGUCACUGCCAGUUCAUCAGUGGGGGACGGACGAGGUGGGGGCGUGGCUGGACUUUCUGUGUCUCACUGAGUAUAAGGACAUCUUUAUCAGACACGACGUCCGCGGAGCCGAGCUCAUCCACCUGGAGAGGAGAGACCUGAAGGAUCUUGGCGUGACGAAGGUGGGUCACAUGAAGAGGAUCCUUCAGGGCAUCAGAGAACUGAACAGGAACAGCAGCGCCAGCGAGGCCUGACUGCAGCCAGCUGCCUGCUCUCCUCCUACCUCUGCUGCAAUCGACCACCUCAACCACCCGACCCGAACUCUGACCUCUGACCCAGCCUAUGACAUAAUAUCUGCAGCUCACUGUGAUUGGACGAGGACUCAUUCACACAGACCACAUGGAGAGAGAACCAGUCAGAUGAUCCACUAGUGCCUUGUCAUGUCACCCACUGACCAAUCAGAUGAUCCCCAGAUGUUUUGCAGUGUUGGGACUCCAAACCAGUUAGGACCCGACCUGGGUUUGUUGGAGAGCCAGUUCCAGUACGAACCAUGCGUGCCAGAUUAAAGGCCUUCGCUGAGCCGGGCCAAUUUUUUGUUCCUGUGAUCUACCUGCCAGACCAGCCGACCAAUCAGAACCUCCUCUGGUCCUGUCGGACCAGGACACAGCAGAACCCUUUAAAACCAGACAUGGUGUCAGCAGAUUGUCCCCGAUCUGCCAAAGAGGGGACGGACACUCUGAGUCCAGAUCAGGUUUUGUACUAAAGUCCAUAUUUAUUCUAUUAACUAAACUUAGAGACGACGGGACGCUAGAAAGAACCAGAACCUGAUCCAGAUCAGGUGGUCUGACAGAGACUUCAGCGACAAUCGGAUCAUUCGACAAAGACAAGCUGUUUCCUGUUUGUUGAAGGGACCAAACAAAGAAUCACAGUCAAAGUAUACAAAAGGUUCAGAUGUUUUAUAUCAGACCUGGACCUCAUCUUACACGUGCAGCCUUAAGUAGAUCUGAAACAAAAACACGUUUUUAAGGGAGUCAGACUUUCAUGUCUGUCUGUCGUCUCUCAUGUCGUCAGUUUGAGUUCAGACGUCUUUAAAUGUUUCAGACGAGUUUCUAUCAACGAAGACGAUCAAAGACAGAAACAAGUCACACGUUCAGAUGAUCUCAUCAGACCAGGAUUAAAGAGUACACGUCCUGAUCCAUGUUCUGUUGUUUGAUCAUGUGACACAUGUGACAUCACGAGGACAUCACGUGAUCAGUCUUUUUAUGUCAAACAUUUUAAAUUGUCUGAACUCCACUCAUCGCAUUCUCUUCAAAAUAAAACAUCCUGUGCAAACUCCAGUCAGUUUUCAAAAUAAAACAUCCUGUGCAGACUCAGCAUGCCUUCAGCUGUUUGUUUGUCCUGACGAGGUCGUCUGAUCCGUUCUGUGUAUUUAAUAUUUAAUUUAUGCAUUAAUCUUGAUACUGUACGCUGUCAUACCUCUGUUUGUACAUACGCCCCCUGCAGGGCUGUCAGUGUAAAUACAUUGUGUUGUGUACAGAGAAACAUCUGUGAUAAAGUCGUUGUCUCCAUCG